AUGUCACUCAACAUCAGAUCCCGCAAAAGCACACCCAAAGUCCGAACAGGAUGCGCCACCUGCAAAAUCCGCCGUGUAAAAUGCGACGAAACACGCCCAACCUGCCACCGCUGUAAAACAACAGGAAGGAUAUGCCCAGGCUACGCGCCACCAACCGGGGCAAUUCAAAAAUCCAGCAUCCAAAUCUACAGCAUCCCCUUCAAAGUCCCAGGCUCCCGAACAGACCGCGAACUCCUCCAUUUCUACUGCAGCGAAGCAGCACACUGUCUAUCCCGCUUCUCAGACUCAACCUUGUGGUCCGAUCUCAUCCUUCAACAGAGCCAGUACCAGCCCGUAAUCCGGAACUCCCUCAUCGCGCUGAGCUCGCUGUACCGCGAGUACCUGGUCGUCGGAUCCGAUCAACUGGGCCACUCGCCGCGGAGUAUCCGGUUAAUGGCAAAGUCGCAUAAACAGCUCUUGAGCUACCUGUCUGAUCCACGAGCGUCGCCUGUCCCGGCGUUGAUAUGUAGUCUUAUUUUUUACGUUUUUGAAUGCCUGGUCGGAAAUACGAGGCAAGCUAUUUGGCAUCUUGAUCGGGGACUGGAGUUGUUGAAGUGCUUCUGGGUUAGUGAUGCAGGUUUGCUUGCGAGGAUGGAUCCUAUUUAUCCGCAGCUACGCCGGAUAUUCGCGCAUCUUGAUGUGCAUGCGAGUAUUUUCUCACCAGAACGAUUUCAGGUUCUCUGUCUCGCGUCGCCGGAUCAGAUUAGCGGCGUUUCGCACGUUGUUCCGGAUGGAUUUGGGAGUAUCAAUGAGGUUGACGAGGCACUAAUAACGCUGCAGAAUUGGAAAUUGCACCAUCUUAUGCAAAGUUUGUGUUGGAAGGGGACGCCGAUUGAUCGGCUUCCGCCGAAUAUUGCGGCUGAGAGAUUACGACUGGAUGGCGAAUACCGAAGAUUCGAAACGGCCGCACAGAGAUUCUUGUCGCAGAAUGAUCAGGUUCUUGGGACGAAUGGUCGACAGAGAAUUACUUUGUUGCAUACACAGGGACUGAUAUGCCACGGCGUCUUAUUGGAAAAUAUCAUAAUCCCAUCAGAUGAGAACUUCCCCUUGGAAGCAUGUUACAAAUUCGACCUCGCGCUUGACCAAAUAAAAUCGCUCAUGUCGGGGUCAUCGAGUCAAUCUGCUUCUCGGGGAUUCACAGUUUCAACGAACUUGAUUGCGAUGCUUUAUUUCGUGUGUCUAAAGACUCGAGAUCCGAAUCUCUUGCAACGGUCCCUUUCACUGAUGGAGCAAUCGAUGUUUGCGGCUAGGGACGGGCUGUGGGACUCGCAGAAGGCGAGAUUCGUGGUUCAGUGGAUGCGUUGCGAAGAUAAUCUUGGGGAGGAAGGAAAUAUGGAUUUGAGAUUGGAAGAUAUUGGGACUGGCAUUAUUGAUAUUGAUGGUGGACUUGAUGAAGCUGUUAAGAGGCUGAAUGUUGGGGAGGCUAAAGAGUAG